AUGGCGCAAGAAAAGCCCCUUCCCUUUCAAUACCAAUUUGCUGCUGGAGCUGUUGCAGGCGUCUCAGAAAUUCUCACAAUGUAUCCUUUAGACGUGGUGAAGACCCGAGUACAAUUACAACAAGGUCCCGGCACUGGGGGCGAGGGCUAUAACGGCAUGGUUGAUUGCUUCCGCAAGAUUAUCAAGAACGAAGGGGCAUCAAGAUUAUAUCGAGGAAUAACGCCGCCAAUAUUGAUGGAGGCGCCCAAGAGAGCCACCAAAUUUGCCGCCAAUGACUCCUGGGGCACUUUCUACAGAGGCUUCUUUGGUUUAGAGAAAAUGAAUCAGCAGCUUUCUAUCUUGACCGGGGCAUCAGCAGGCGCAACAGAAUCAUUUGUUGUCGUUCCUUUUGAGCUUGUCAAGAUCAGAUUACAAGAUCGAGCGUCUGCAGGCAAAUACAACGGUCCAGUGGACUGUGUAAUGAAGAUCGUCAAACAAGAAGGUCCGUUGGCUCUUUACAACGGGCUGGAGAGCACCAUGUGGAGGCAUGUCCUUUGGAAUUCUGGAUAUUUUGGUGUCAUUUUCCAGGUCAAGGAGCUUCUACCAAAAGCCAACGGCAAGAGUCAGCAAAUACGGAAUGAUAUUGUUGCUGGCUCGAUCGGCGGGACAGUUGGUACAAUACUGAACACUCCAAUGGAUGUGGUGAAAUCUAGGAUUCAGAAUUCGCCAAAGAUCGCAGGCUCUGUGCCGAAGUACAACUGGGCCUGGCCGGCUCUAGGCACAGUCAUGAAAGAGGAGGGAUUCUCGUCAUUGUACAAAGGUUUUCUGCCCAAGGUGCUGAGACUGGGACCUGGAGGCGGCAUCUUGCUCGUGGUAUAUACCAGUGUAAUGGACUUCUUCCGGCAGUGGAGAGGCGACGUAUGA